CGUCGGCCCCAUUUCGAAUAUCUGCUGGUUGGGCGUUAGGUCAAGUGGAGCACCCCCUGUUUGUACUAAAAGAGAAAAAAAGGUUAAAAAAAAAACUGGAAAAACGUGAAAACAAGGGAACAAACAUACAAAAUCCAAAAAAAAAAAGACGUACGCAAAUUCCAAGUAGUUUUUGUUCUCUCAGCGAAACAGUCGGAAAUUUCGGUUCAAUUUUCACGCGAUGUUUAGUUUGAGAUUUGUUUGUUUCAAUUUGACGCAUGGUUUGAUGGCUUCAUAAAUCAGCAGAAGCAGCGGCGAUCUUGAAGACACAUCGCCGGCCGUGGCCUUUGCAUUUCGUUGAUCCGUUUCGACUAGGGUUUCGGAUCCGGUCGGGCCUGCUUUCUGAUACUGUUGUUGUUCUUCUACCAGAUCAUUUUUGGAGGGUCUGAAUUGAAUUCCAGGGUUGAUUAUCUCGUAAUGUUGUGGCAGGCUUUAAAGUUGUCAUCUGGAUUUGGAUCAACACUAAUCCGAAGUUUAUCACAGAGAAUCUUGUUUAUUUUAAAUUUAACACAUUAUUGCAAAUUUAUAACCAAAAGGAUGGUAGCGAUAAGAAUUUCAAAGGCUGAACCUAACCAGUCUCCAUGUAAGGCUGUUCAUGGUGAUGGCACUGAACAUGAAUAUGAAGUCAGUGAUGGAAAACUUGAGAAAACUGCUAAGAGGGCCUUUGUAGGUGCAGGAGCUCGAGUACUGUUCUACCCAACCCUCUUAUACAACGUUGUCCGUAACAAGCUUCAACCAGAGUUUCGAUGGUGGGAUCAGAUUGUUCAGUUUCUCAUUUUAGGUGCUGUUCCAUUUCGUAAAGAUGUGCAUCGCCUUAAAGACCUGGGUGUAGUAGCUGUUGUUACCCUGAAUGAGCCAUAUGAAACUUUGGUGCCAUCCUCUAUGUACCAGGAUGAAGGUAUCAAGCAUCUGGAAAUCCCCACUAGAGAUUAUCUUUUUGCUCCAUCAUUUGAAGAUAUUCGUCAAGCUGUAGAAUUUAUUCAUGAGCACGUGAUAAUGGGGAAAACAACUUAUGUCCAUUGUAAAGCUGGGCGAGGUCGCAGUACAACUAUUGUUCUCUGUUAUCUGGUAGCACACAAGGGAAUGAAUCCUGUUGAUGCAUAUGCAUACGUGAGAUCAAAAAGACCGAGGGUUUUGUUAGCACAUUCUCAGUGGCAGGCAGUUCGGGAGUAUUACCUAAAGAUACAUGGCAGUAGUUCUGAGAACCUCCAAUUUCCUAUGCCGUUUGAUGAUAAUUAUGAAGACUCGGCUGUGUUUGUUACAAACUCCGAUUUAGAUGGAUACAAAAGUAGCGAGGAAAUUUGCAUUGUGGAAAAAGAGUUUAUAAAAAUUACAAAUGCUUAAGACAUAAUGGCUUGCAGAGAUCGCAACAGAUUUUGUGCAAUGGCAGGUGCUUACAGCACAUUCAAAUCAUUCUGGUUUAUAGAAGAGAUUUUAGGCUGAAAGAAGGUUACCACAAAUAUUUAGUUCACGGGGGGUACUUAAAGAUUGCCGCAGUCUUUUUUUAGCUCUUUGCAGAGCAAGUAAUAGUGUGCAUGUAGUGAACCUACAUGCCACAAUUGAGUAGCCAACAUUGUAAGAUCAUUACAUGUAAUCGGAGGCAGGUAAUUUUUUUUUUCAGAUCUGCCUUUAUUCAAAUCAAGUGUUUAAAUUGGCUGUA